AUGCCUUCUGCUUCCAAGGAAAAGAGACUCGCCAAGAAGGCCGCCGAGGGCAAGCUCAAGGGCGGAAAGGGCGCCAAGUCAAAGGAACCUGAGCUCGAUGCCAACGGCAAUGUUAUCCAAGACGAUGCUCCCGCCACUUCUGGAGAGAAGUUGGACGAGGUCAAGCGACUUGCUGAGCAGAUGGACAAACACGGUAUCUCUGAUCGAGUUACCACUGGUGUUUUGGCAUCGACCCAAGCCAGCAAGGACGUCAAGAUUACCAGUACCAGCUUGGUCUUCCACGGCCGUGUCCUCAUCACCGAUUCAACCCUGGAAUUGUCCUUCAGCCGCCGAUAUGGUCUCCUCGGUGAGAACGGUUGCGGAAAGAGUACCCUUCUCAAGUCUAUUGCUGCUAGAGAAUUUCCCAUCCCUGAUCACAUUGAUAUCUACCUUCUGAACGAGGGCGCUCCCCCCAGCGACCUUGGUGCCCUGGAAUGGGUCGUCAGGGAAGCCGAAAAUGAGAUGGACCGACUGGAUAAGCUCGCCGAGAAGUUGCUCGAAGACGAGGGCCCUGAAAGCCCUGUUCUUAUUGACCUUUACGAUCACAUGGAUAAGAUGGACCCAUCAACCUUUGCUACUCGUGCCUCGCUCAUCCUCACUGGUCUGGGAUUCAACAAGAAGACCAUUCACAAGAAGACCAAGGAUAUGUCUGGUGGUUGGAGAAUGCGAGUUGCUCUGGCCAAGGCCCUCUUUGUCAAGCCUUCUUUGCUGCUUCUCGAUGAUCCCACCGCUCACUUGGAUCUCGAGGCUUGCGUGUGGCUCGAAGAAUACCUCAAGAAGUGGGAUCGCACUUUGGUGCUUGUUUCACACUCCAUGGACUUCCUCAACGGUGUUUGCUCGAAUAUGAUCGAUAUGCGCGACAAACAACUCCAGUACUAUGGUGGUAACUACGACUCUUACAGCAAAACUCGUUCUGAGAAUGAGACAAACCAGAUGAAGGCAUAUACCAAGCAGCAAGAAGAAAUUGCCCACAUCAAAAAGUUCAUUGCCAGUGCAGGUACCUAUGCCAAUUUGGUCAGGCAGGCCAAGUCACGACAGAAGAUUCUGGACAAGAUGGAGGCCGACGGCUUCAUUCAGCCUGUCACUCCCGACAAGGUCUUCACCUUCCGAUUCGCCGAUGUCGAGAAGCUACCCCCUCCCGUUUUGUCCUUUGACAAUGUCACAUUCUCCUACUCUGGGGACCCAGCUGAUGACCUGUACCGCAACCUGGAAUUGGGUUUCGACAUGGACUCCCGAACUGCCCUUGUCGGCCCCAACGGUGUUGGCAAGUCGACCCUGCUGCGUCUCAUGACCGGCAAGCUGUCCCCCACUGGCGGUUCGGUUACUCGCCACACUCACUUGAAGCUUGGUCUCUACUCUCAGCACAGUGCUGAGCAGCUGGAUCUCACCAAGUCGGCACUCGACUUCGUGCGAGACAAGUACAAGGAGAAGUCGCAAGACUACCAGUACUGGCGUCAACAGCUCGGCCGAUACGGUUUGACUGGUGACUCCCAGACUGCUCUGAUGGGUACUUUGUCCGAAGGCCAGAAGAGCAGAAUCGUAUUUGCUCUUUUGGCUAUCGAUGGCCCCAACAUGCUGCUGCUCGACGAACCUACCAACGGUCUUGAUAUCCCCACCAUUGACAGUUUGGCUGAUGCCAUCAACGCCUUUAGCGGUGGUGUUGUCGUCGUAUCCCACGACUUCAGACUAUUGGACAAGAUUGCCAAGCAGAUUCUUGUAUGCGAGAACCAGACUAUUCAAGCUUGGGACGGCAGCAUCGGCGAAUACAAGAAUUAUCUGCGCAAGAAGAUGAUUUCUGCGGGUGCAGUGUAA